AGCCCAGUUCCGCUUCCGGUCGGCGGAGCGCUGGGCUGUGGGAAGUCAGCGCUGUGGUGGUCGCGAUGGGGAAGUCGGAUUUCCUUACCCCUAAGGCCAUCGCCAACAGGAUCAAAUCCAAGGGGCUGCAGAAGCUGCGCUGGUAUUGCCAGAUGUGUCAGAAGCAGUGCCGGGACGAGAAUGGCUUUAAGUGUCACUGUAUGUCCGAAUCUCAUCAGAGACAACUACUGCUGGCUUCAGAAAAUCCCCAGCAGUUCAUGGAUUAUUUUUCAGAGGAAUUCCGAAAUGACUUUCUAGAGCUUCUCAGGAGACGCUUUGGCACCAAGAGAGUUCACAACAACAUCGUUUACAACGAAUAUAUCAGCCACCGGGAGCACAUCCACAUGAACGCCACGCAGUGGGAGACGCUGACGGACUUCACCAAGUGGCUGGGCAGAGAGGGCUUGUGCAAAGUGGAUGAGACACCAAAAGGCUGGUAUAUUCAGUAUAUAGACAGGGACCCGGAAACCAUCCGCCGGCAGCUGGAACUGGAGAAAAAGAAGAAGCAGGACCUUGAUGAUGAAGAAAAAACUGCCAAAUUUAUCCAAGAACAAGUGCGAAGAGGCCUGGAAGGGAAAGAGCAGGAGGCCCCUAUUUUUACAGAAUUAAGCAGAGAAAAUGAUGAAGAAAAAGUUACAUUUAAUUUGAACAAAGGAGCAUGUAGCUCAGCAGCAACAUCUAAAUCAAGCUCUUUGGGGCCAAGUGCCCUGAAGACAAUAGGAAAUGCAGCAUCAGUGAAGCGAAAGGAGUCUUCCCAGAGCUCAGCUCAGUCAAAGGAGAAGAAGAAGAAGAAAUCAGCGCUGGACGAGAUCAUGGAGAUUGAAGAGGAGAAGAAGAGAACUGCCCGAACAGACCACUGGCUCCAGCCCGAAAUUGUAGUGAAAAUUAUAACCAAAAAACUUGGAGAAAAGUAUCAUAAGAAAAAGGGCAUUGUGAAGGAAGUAAUUGACAGAUACACAGCUGUUGUAAAGAUGAUUGACUCUGGAGACAAGCUGAAGCUCGACCAGACUCACUUAGAAACAGUCAUUCCAGCACCAGGGAAAAGAAUUCUUGUUUUAAAUGGAGGCUACAGAGGCAAUGAAGGCACCCUAGAAUCCAUCAAUGAGAAGACGUUUUCAGCUACUAUAGUCAUUGAAACUGGACCUUUAAAAGGACGCAGAGUUGAAGGAAUUCAAUAUGAAGACAUUUCUAAACUUGCCUGAGUUUGAAAAUUUGUUAACAACACAUUAAAAUCUUAAAGCAUCAAAUUGGUGUUUACCGAGGCAUUACAAGGCUCUACUGUGUUAGGGUGUUUCUUUUGUAUAAAAUAGAUGGAUUUAUUUAAAUAUUACUGUAUAGUUGUUUAGCUAAACUUAUAGAAAAAUCUAUGUCUCAAGCAGUAUCAAAAUUCUGUAAUUUUGCCCUUGUUGUUUUUGUUUCCUUUGUAAUAUUUCCUUGAUGAUUUUUUAAAUCUUCAUUAAAAGAACAUUAUGGUAAA